ACGAACCAGGGGACAUUCCACACAUUCUGUUCUGUCAGUCUUGCACUGCGGAGUUACGGGUUUCGUUCACAUCGAUCUAGAAACCGUUUGUAAUUCACAAAUCAUCUAACUUGCAGCGAUCGAAUAACUCUCGAUACUUAAAUUGCCUGCAAACAAAUAAAAUAUGGCUGAACAACUGAACGGUGAGGAAUGGGAAGCCGUCGACGAUCCUGAUCCUAUGGAAGAAAUACAAGCCUUUACCCCUCAGGAUAUGGCAGAAAUGAAAAAAGAAACUGGCAAUCAACUUUACAAAACUAAGAAAUACACAGAGGCCUUAGCAGUUUAUACUGAAGUUAUCGAGCUCUGUCCCAAUUCACCGGCAUACUACGGAAACCGUGCUGCAUGUUAUAUGAUGCUGGGUAAAUAUCACGACGCCUUGGCAGAUGCUAAGAAGUGCAUCGCCAUUGAUCCAGGAUUUGUAAAGGCUUAUCCACGAGUUAUGAAAUGCUCUUUGAUUGUCGGCGAUAACAUCGGAGCUAGAGCAGCCUUGGAAAAGGUGUUGGAGCUGGAUCCCAGUAACAGUGCUAUUCUUUCGGAAAAAAAAAACUUGGAACACCUUGAGAAAUACUUACAAGAAGCAGAAGUGGCUUAUGAAAAAAAAGAUUUUCGUAAAGUUGUAUACUGCAUGGACCGCUGUUGCGAUGUGAGCACCUCUUGCGUAACAUUCAAGCUCCGCAAAGCAGAAUGCUUGGCAUUUCUAGGCAGAUUUCAAGAGGCACAGGAAAUAUCCAACGAUGUUUUACACAUUAACAAACAGAACGUAGAUGCAAUUUAUGUACGCGGCAUGUGUCUUUACUACCAAGACAACGUAGAUCGAGCAUUUAUGCAUUUUCAACAAGUUCUUCGUCUAGCACCUGAUCAUACUAAGGCGAUGGAGAUUUACAAGAGAGCAAAAUCUUUGAAACAGAAAAAAGAAGACGGUAACACUGCGUUUAAAAUGGAAAAAUAUGCCGAGGCAUUCGAUCUGUAUACCCAAGCCUUAACCAUAGAUCCUCAGAACAUAUUAGCCAAUGCUAAAUUACACUUUAAUAAAGCAUUGAUAUAUGCCAAGCUAAGAAAAUUCAGAGAAUCUUUACAAGAGUGUACCGAAGCACUGAAGCUCGAUGAAAGUUACCUCAAAGCUUUACUUAAACGAGCCGCGUGCUACAUGGAACUUGAAGAGUUUGAAGAGGCUGUUCGCGAUUAUGAACAAGCGUGUAAAAUGGACAAGAGCAGAGAUAACAAAAGAUUGCUGCAGGAAGCCAAACUUGCAUUGAAAAAAUCCAAAAGAAAAGACUACUAUAAAAUUCUUGGCAUUGACAAAAAUGCGUCAACCGACGAUAUCAAGAAAGCAUAUAGAAAGAGAGCCAUGGUACAUCACCCAGAUAAACACGCGAAUGCUUCUGAAGGUGAGAAAAAAGAGCAGGAGAAAAAGUUCAAAGAAGUUGGCGAGGCGUACGGCAUUCUUUCAGAUCCCAAGAAACGUGCACGAUAUGACAAUGGUCAUGACUUGGAAGAUAUGGAGGGUGGAAUAUACGAAAUGGAUCCGAAUGCAAUGUUUCAAUCCUUCUUUGGACAUCAUGGUGGUGGCUAUCAGUUCCAAGCAGGUGGUAUGCCCAACGGUUUUACUGCCCACUUCGGCUAAUUUUGAUUCAGUAAUACUGCUAUAUAAUAGAUAUGUGUACGUCACAAGAUGAAAUGCACCUCUGUAUAUAAAACCACAACCAUUUCAUCUUUGGGUUUCUGUAUCGUUCAAUUCGACGAAAGUAGCUUGUUCAAUUAUAUCACUAGUUAUUAAAUUUUCAUAUUUUUUCUCUGAAUGUUUUUUUCUUCUGUUUAUGUGGCAGGAUAAAAUGUCUUCAAUCAUACCUAUC